AUGAAUUUAUUACUGAUCGAGCUAUCAUUCGGGCAGUCAAUAAAUCAACCGAAACUUUGUGCUUCAGCAACAUGGAAUCCAAAUGGACUAACAUUUGCUAAUAUAAGUACGAUUGGAUCACUCCCGAGUACGGUUUUUGUUACAAUCAAUAACUCUGUAUACAUUGCUGCGAGUAACCUGAACGAGAUACAAAUGUGGUCAGAAAGUAGUACCCAACCGAUGAAAGUUAUUUCCAAUGGUUUGAAUUCUCCGACAGGUCUAUUUGUCUCUGAUGAUGGUGAUAUUUAUGUUAAUAACGGUCUCGUUAAUGGUCGAAUCGAUAAAUGGACAUCGAACACUUGGAAGCUCGUGUCGACCAUGAAUAUUAGUUAUGCUUGUUGUAGUCUCUUUGUAGACAAGAACAAGUCACUUUACUGUUCUAUGUGCAAUCAUCAUCAAGUAAUCAAGAUGUUGUUAACGAACGGUAGUAACUUAACUGUUGUUACCGCAGGAAAUACAACGGCUGGUUCAGCUUCAAAUACGCUCUCGAGUCCACAAGGAAUUUUUGUAGACUCUUCAUUUCAAUUGUAUGUAGCCGACUGUGGCAACGAUCGAAUUCAAGUUUUUAAACCAGGCCAACUGAGUGGAACAACAAUAGUCAGUAAUAAAACGUUGGGAACAAUUGAUCUUAAUUGUCCACAAAUGAUCAUCAUCGAUGCAAAUGGAUAUUUAUUCAUUGCAGAUGGUAACAACAAUCGUAUUAUCGGAUCAGAUCCGAAUGGAUUUCGAUGUAUCGUUGGAUGUACUGGAAAUGCUGGUUCGGCAAAUAAUCAAUUAAGUAAACCAUCUAGUCUAAGUUUUGACAGUUAUGGUAAUCUGUUCGUAAUUGAUCAGAAUAAUUCGCGAGUUCAAAAGUUCCUUCUAACAACCAAUCGUUGUGGUGCAUCUUACAAUCGGCCAAAACUAUGUCCCAAUGCAACAUGGAAUCCUAAUGCUACAAGUUUUGUCACCUCUCUCGCUGGUGUUGCACUUCCUCACGACCUAUUUGUCGAUAUUAACAAUACAGUCUAUCUAGUAGCACCAUCACUUAGUCGUGUUCGAGUAUGGCUAAACGGCGAUAAUACCUCUAUGAAUUCCAUAUCGGGUGAUUUAAACUCAUCAUUGGCUAUAUUUGUUUCAAUCACUGGUGAUAUUUAUGUUGAUAACGGGAAAAACAGGCAUCGCGUCGAUAAGUUAUUGUUAAAUACUACAAAUAGCACAACAGCAUUGUAUGUUGCUGGAGGCUGCUACGGUUUAUUCAUUGAUAUCAAUGAUAAUUUAUACUGUUCGAUGGACCCAUACCCUCAAGUUUCCAAGAGAUCGUUAGUAAGUGAUGUCAAUACGUCAACAACUAUUGCCGGUACGGGCUUGGCGGGAAAUGCGUCGAAUCAAUUGAAAGGUCCCAGAGGAAUAUUUGUCGAUGCUGACUUUACUCUGUAUGUGGCAGAUAGUCAAAAUCACAGAAUUCAACUAUUUCGGCUCGGGCAGUUGAAUGGAUCGACGAUCGCAGGAAAUGGAGCGAAAAAUACUACUAAUCUCACUUAUCCGACAGGGAUAAUAUUAGAUGCCGAUGGGUAUAUGUUUGUUGUUGAAUGGGGUGCUAAUCGUAUUGUUAGAUCAAGCCCAUAUGGAUUCCAAUGCAUAGCGGGAUGUUCUGGUGUGGCUGGUGCGGCAUCUUAUCAACUUUCUAGACCGAAUUGUAUUAGUUUUGAUUCUGAUGGCAAUAUAUUUGUUGCUGAUUAUGCUAAUAAUCGCGUACAGAAGUUUUGGAUCACAGGAAAUGAUUGCGGACACACAACAAUGCAGCAAACAACGACACAACCGCAAAGAGCACAAACAUCAUUACCCACAAUAACAACAUCGAUUAGUAAUGAAACUUGUUACGCGCCAGAUAUUACACUAAUUCCUAGUACAUCAUCUCUCUCAUCUCCACUACAGUUUCGGCGAAAUCAAGAUCUUUAUAUUAGCUCAACUGUUCAAUUAAAUUGCGCCACAUCAUUGUCAAUGACUGUACAGUGGACAGUUCACAACUGUUCUUCCUCCAGUUGUUUAUUUUCUCUGCUACUUGAUCAAACUGUUGCAACAACAUUCACCGAGCUAUAUAUACCUGCAAGAAUACUUCCUCUCGGUACUUAUCAGCUGAAACUCACUGCUACCAUGACCAACUUCUCCUAUCUGACAUCGUCAUCUUCUGCAUACGUGAGAAUCACAUCAUCGGGCAUCACAGCAAAUCUUGUGCAAUAUGGAACCUCUAUGAUAACGUGUGGACAUCAACAAAACUUGACACUCAAUCCAGGAGAAUUCUCCCUCGAUCUCGAUGGAAACAGUUUCAACGCGAGUGAAUGGAAAUAUGAAUACUACUGCCGAAUUUAUGGCGUGUCGAAUUUUCCGCACAUAUCUGGUCGAUUGCUAUCGAUAGAUGAUCCGCAAACGUAUUCAUCAAACUCCUCCUGUAUAACUUAUUCAUCAGGCAAUACAACAUCGGUGAUCUAUGAUGGAGUAUCUCUUUCGCCAAAAUCAUCGAUGACAAUCCUUUCUCACUCGUUGAUAUCGAAUCAAACGUAUCAAAUAAUGGUAUACAUGGAAAACUAUCGAAAUUCUAGUCUUCAAGCAACGGGCUACCUUCUUGUUCGGGUUGACGACAGUCGUCCUCAAAUGAUUGUCGUUGCAUGUUCGAUAUCACAAAUGUGCAUACCGAAUAUGGAGUUUCAACUUGUCAAUCCAACAACGCAAGUUAUACUCUUUUCAGACUGUUCUGGAAGCUGCGCCAAUGCAUCUCUAUCAACCGUUCAAUGGACUUUGUUUAAUCGAACGCAACAGUAUGAAAACAUUUGGUUUUUCGGUAUGAAUACAACUAACUUUACAGCAACAAGUGAAUUAUUUAGCAGCAAUCCUCAGAUCGUUUACUGGCGUUUUGAAGUUGUUUACGGAUUUGUGAAUGAGAUAAGUUCUAGUGCACUGAAUUUUGUCAUUAAUCAACCUCCUCGUAAUGGAUCGUGUUCGAUCAGCCCUUUAAAUGGCACAACCUUAACUUUAUUUUCCAUCUCAUGCUCGGAAUGGUUCGAUGAGGACGAUAUCAAAGAUUAUUCUCUCUAUGGUCGUACGCAGGAUCGUCCGAAUCCAGUGAUGAUUGCUUUUAGUUCAGUAUCACAAUUUAAUGUUCGCUUACCUUCGGGAGACGCGAAUAGUUCAUUGCUUGAUCUUACGCUGAUUAUUCGUGACACAUUCGAUUGUAUAACUGAGUUGAAUAUGACAUCAGUUGUGGUUAAAUCCGAUCCGUUAUUGUUCGCAGCUCUGAUGAAUAUUUUACAAAAUCCUUCCACGACCAAUCCCCUUCUGCAGAUUCUAUCAAGUGGAAAUCAGAACAUAUUGGCACAACUGUUGACCUCCAUUUCCCAGCAUUUAAAUCAACUGAACGAUGAAUCUGUAUCUAUGGCUAUCCUGAAUGGUGUACCUGCAUCAAGCAUUUAUAUCUCCUCACUUCUCACUCAAACCUUGCCGACAGCAUCUGGACAAUUCAAUCAAUCUGCUCUAAAUGCAUAUAAACAACAGCUGAAUACAUACGCGAAUAUUCUGGAUUAUCUGGUUCCAUACACACAAAAUCUUCUAAUAACAACAUCGAAUAGUAUCAGAUUACAAGCAGCAAUGCUUAAUCAGCUGACGCAGGCAACAAAUCAACUCACAAGGACGUCAGCGAUGAUUGCAUCGAGAAAAUGUUACAAACUAGCUCAAUCUCUUUACUCAAUGGCAACAAGAAUACCAUUCGAAGAUGUGCAAAGCGCAGUCGAACAUAUCGCUCAGUGUGCUUCUAACGUACUUACAAGUGUGAACAGUCCAUUGCAAGAACGUUCAAUCAUUCUAGACCUCGAUUAUUCUCGUGCGAAUACAUUUCCUCGAGAUUAUGACACUGACCUUGAAUCUCCGUGGUCUAAUCCAAAUUUAUUCGCUGAUGAAAACAAUUUCUCUUGGGAAGCCAUUGGAAAAGGCCGAAAUCUCUAUUAUCAGAAACAACUCGCUUCAGAGAUCAGCGCACAAGCAGAUGAAACAACAGCACUACUAACAUCGGCACUAAACAUUCACUUAAACAUUGGUCAGAAUUUAACGAUAAACGUAUCCACCAUGUUCAUGUCAGUGGAAAUACUAUCACUUAAUUCAAUCGUAAAUAGAAUCAAUCAACCAUUGAGUAAUAUAUUUGUUCAUUUACCCACAACGUUAAAUUUAAAUGCAUCAGAUUAUCAAACGUUUGGAUUACGAUCAAUAGUACAAAAACUCUCGACAUUCGAUGAGUUACACACUGAAACAUUUAUGAAUAUGUCUCGAACAUUUUCAUUAACCAUCCUUGAUCAAUAUGGAAAUGAACUUCCUGUUCGAACAAAUUUCACUCAUCCGUUUGAGUUUCGUAUUCCACGAGAUUCAAUAAUAACCAUCCCACAGAAAACUCUACAAAAUGUCACGUCGUUCAAUAGUUUACCUCAUCAUCUUCUCUUCAAUCUACAUUAUGUCGACCUGAUUCAAGCAAAGAAUCUGUCUGUAUCGGUACACAUAGAGAUUCAUUCAUUAGAUGCCAGUCUUGGCUAUUUAUUUGUCUACAAGUUUGAUGAUUCACCUCGGUUGGAGAGUUCGAUCGAUGGAUGGACUUUCUUUUGUGCUUCAAAUGUUACAAACGAUACUAUGUAUCAAUACUUCAUUGAUAAUCAUGCGACCAAAAAUCAUCAAUCAGUGAUAUUUGGACUGCGAGAACUGAAUUCUACGGAGAUCAGUCGAUUUUGUAUAAAUUCAUCUAUCAACUAUACUUUUCCGCCUAUACCCAAUGAUCCAUUUAACUUCACAUCCGAUUAUGAACUUCGUGUCUAUACAUCCGGUUGUUACUAUCUGGAUACCGAUAAUCAAUGGAAAUCAGAUGGAUUACUUGUAGGACCAAUGACGAAUCAUAAUGAAACGCAAUGCUUUUCAACACACCUCUCAACAUUCACCAGUGGUUUUCUUAUUCAUCCGAUACCUACUACUUGGAAUUAUGUUUUCGCUGAUAUUGAGCUCUGUGUAAAUCCAACAGUCUACGUAUUUUUCACUUUUAUCUUCUCUGUAUAUUCUCUGCUGGUUAUCUAUACAAGUUACAAAGCUGAAAGAUCUUCGAAGAAAAGAUAUCUUUUCGCGUGA